AUGCGGAGAGACAUUGAGUAAGGUCACCUUGGAGAGUGUGAGAAAGGAAAUGGCCGAGCAGACACAUAAAAAUCAAUAAAACCGGGGCGGAGCUUGACCUUCGAGGAAGAUGGACGCUUAAGUCUGUAGCUCCCUCUCCCAUGCAUAUUGAUUCCGCAAACAUCCACGCACACGAGUGCAAAUGGACUUCACGGGUGCACCCAAAUCCCACAACUCUAACCCAGCCACUACCUGAGGGGAUGGGUGUUGGAAAACAAAAGAAAGAACAUACCUCAUCAAUCUACAUGCUGUUCUGAUCACAGAAGGAACAACAGCAGCCAUCUUGCUUCCAGGAAAUGGAGGAGAUGGGCACCGACUCCGAUGGGAGUGAACCCACCAGGGCACAGGAUGCUCCUCUAACAUUAAGGGACUUGAAGACCAUGCUCAAGGAAGCCACAACGGACAUCAAGUACCACCUGGCAUCAGAGCUAGACAGGCAGCUCUCAGACUUGAAGGACGACAUCGAAACCCUAGCCACCAGGUCAAACCAAGCUGAGGCAUGCAUAAACGAUCUCACCACCAAAACCCAGGCACACUCCCAAGACCUCACCUACCUCCAUGCGAAUAUAGAGUCCAUGGAAGAGAGCUUGAAAGACCUUAACAAUAGAUCCCGGCGCAAUAAUUAUAUCCAGAAUAGGGGUCUACCCGAAACGGUCGUACCAGAAGGCCUGCACAGCACAUUAAAAGGCCUGUUCAAAACCAUCCUCCCGGACGCAUCUGAACAAGACCUCAUCACAAUCUCCUCGCCGAAUACCACGAAAAAGGGCAUCGGCGACCUCCAGGAACCACGAAUAGCCGAUUGUACGACCCUCCCCAAAAUGAACUGACCUGGGGCCAUAGGAGCCACUACGGACUGCUCAAUUCCUCGGGCUUCCAGAGGAUUACAGGUUAUACCAUUCGCCCCCACCCUGCCCCAAUUCCCUCUCUCCCCACAACUCGAUUAA